AAAGAUAAGACAAUCAAUCAACACCAGAAAAGGAAGGAUGGAGGAAGCGAAAGGAGUUGUGAAGCACAUUGUUCUGGCGAAGUUCAAAGAUGAAACCACACCAGAGAAGAUUGAAGAACUCAUCAAAGCAUAUGCCAAUCUCGUCAACCUCAUUCCACCCAUGAAAACUUUCCACUGGGGCAAAGACGUUAGUGUCGAGAGCUUGAAUCAAGGUUUUACACACGUGUUUGAAUCCACAUUUGAGAGUGCCGAGGGGAUUGCAGAAUACAACGCUCAUCCUGCGCAUGACGAGUUUGCAAACUUGUUUCUCUCCCAUUCGGACAAGGUCAUUAUAUUUGACUACAAGCCCACUGUUUUCCGUUGGUGAGGCCUAAGAACAAAAAGAUUAUGGUCUGAAUGUGGUAUUUGUCCUGCAGUGUUGUUUCUGAAUCUGGUUCUUUUCUAUGUUUUUCUGGGUCAUGUUUGGUUCUGUCGAAUAAAAGAGACAAAUGGACUCUUUGUAUGAAAUGCAUAUCCUAGUGGUCAAGGCGAAGUAGGUUUGUUUUAUGUUCUUAAAACA